AUGUCUCUUUACGAUGUAUUGGGAGUUGACUCUUCAGCGUCUUCUGGUGAGAUUCGUCGCGCGUAUAGGAAGCUAGCGCUUCAGUUCCAUCCCGACAAGGUUGCCGAGGACGAGCGGGAGACGGCUGAGAUCAAGUUCAAGGAAAUAAGUGGUGCUUACGAAGUAUUGAUAGACGAGGAGAAGCGCAAUGCUUACGACCUCUAUGGUACUACUGAUGGGACUGCGAACGGGUAUGAGCAGUAUGAUUCUGGUUUUGCCAACGCUGCGUUUGGGGAAGCAGACUUUGAGUUCAACCCACAAGAUUUUGCCAGUUUUUUCAAUGGCAUGGGUGGUUCGAGCGGCAGACCGCGGAAAACCAAGACAGACAACGCUGUUUUGGAGGUCGAGCUCACUCUGGAGGACCUGUACAAUGGCAAAGUGAUCAAAUCUACGUCCAAGAGAAAUAAGAUCUGCAAACACUGCAAGGGCAGUGGAGCACGCAAGUCUGCCGUUCCUGUUCAAUGUUCCACCUGUCAUGGUGAAGGAUACGUGAUGAAGAUACGCCAGCUUGCACCGGGGCUGGUGACACAGCAAGCUGUUCCGUGCUGGCGAUGCAAAGGAAAACGCACAAUGUUCCGAGAUAAAGAUAGCUGCAGAAAGUGUAAAGGCAAGUGUGUGGUCGAGGAGACCAAGGUUCUGGAGUUUGUGGUGCCUCGGGGUGCUCCUGCUUCCGGAACGGUGACGCUGGCAGGCGAGGCGGACGAAGAGCCGGAUCUGAAGCCAGGUGACGUGAUACUUAAGUACACCACCAAGAAACACCCCAUUUUCGAAAGACACGGGUCGAGUCUUUACACCAAGGUCAAGGUUGCACUUGUGGACGCGCUGUGUGGAUUUGAGGGCCGUCGACUGGUGAAAACAUUGGACAACCGGUGGGUGUCGAUCUCGGUGCCGGCCGGAAAAGUUUUGCGGCCUGGCGACUCAAUAGUGGUGCCCAACGAGGGAAUGCCACUGGAGGGGAGCUCCAACAGGAACGGCGACCUGUACAUCGGGGUGGACAUCGAGUUCCCGAAAGACAACUGGUUUUUGGAGAAAAACGAUCUCACCAAACUUAAGUCUGUUCUAGACAUAUCAUACGGCAACCACCAGAAUGGCGAAGAGAACGGAGAUAUUAUUACGAACGUGGAAUUUAAAAUACAAUCGAAAGACGAGCUGCCCAAAUCGUUCAACUCCUACUUCAACGACACAGAUGUCACCAAAAUCGGAGUGGAGGAACCGGAACAGCGGAAAGGGUGGUUCAGCUGGUUUGGUUGA